AUGUCCAAGUAUCCUCCGACGCAAGAAUUGCCUCCUCUUGGAGCGCUUUGUUUAGAUUACACUGACGAUAUCCAUAGACCUCCUGGGGACCCGUUGAAUCCUGAUUCCUUUUUCUUUCCUUUGAUUCACGAAAAAGUAAAGAGGGCUACGGUGCAGAACAUUGUGUUUUCUGGCGUCCUUGACGAAUCCUUCAUCGAUAAUUUUGCUGAUGCUUGUAACAACUUGAAAGCGAAAGGUGCAAUUGGAAUUAUCACCUCUUGUGGUUUUUUAGCUCAAAUCCAGGGAAUUCUAUCUUCAAAGAUUGAUAUACCACUUGCGACUAGUAGUCUUUUACAGAUACCUUCAGUUAUGACAAUUUUAUCGCCAAGAAAGAAAGUUGCAGUGUUAACUUUUGAUGAAAAUGAGCUUAGCAAAUUUCAUUUUGAUGGGAUUGGUAUUCCAGAAGCCAUGCAAGAAAGAAUUAUUGUCCAUGGCACCAAAAAGGGAGGAGAAUUGAAAAAUAUCAUUAUUGAAGGUGGUCAAUAUGUUAUUGAAAAAUUUGAGGCUGAAAUGGUCGAAUUGGCUGAAAAAGCAGUUGCUGAAGAUGAUUCAAUUGGCGCUUUUGUCUUGGAGUGUACUCAAAUGCCUCCAACUUCAAAAGCAAUCCAAGAUUCACUAGGAUUACCUGUUUAUGAUGUUAUUACUAUGAUAGACUGGUUUUAUAGUGGGAUAGUUUCUCGUACUUUACCCGAAGACACGAACAAGAGCGAUGGUUUGAGAAUUAGAAAACGGAGCUCGAAAGAAAAAGGAGAGUAA